AUGGUUUUCGGAAGACGUCGCGCCGUGGAUCCCGCUGAUACCACUGGUCGAACUCGUCGGAGCCCUCUACGACCACUGGUUUCCUUGAACCAUUUCAUGAUUUUUAUUUGUGCCACAAUCGUCACCGGCAUUGCCGCAUACUUUGUCCAUCUGGAACCUAAGCCGCACAGUACACACAUUAUCUAUCAGUUGGUCAUCGCUGUAAUCACGCUCAUCCUUUAUGCUAUUUCAUCAAUCUUGCCGUUCAUCAACAGAUACCGUGGCCAUUUCAUGCCUGUUAAUCUCAUUCUUUCCUAUUUGUGGCUCACCUCGUUCAUCUUCGCCAGCCAGGAUUGGGCUGGUCGAAGAUGUCUGAGAUUUUCGACGGUCGCAGGGAGGUGUGGUCUAAAAAAGACCAUGAUUGCGUUCGACUUCCUCGCGCUAUUCUUCUUGAUGUGCAAUGUCGUCGCCGAAGGUUUCCUCUUGCGUCAAGAGCGGGCUGGGGCGACUGUAGACCCGGUCCACGAGCCAAAACAUCGCCCGGAUACGGCAACAACUGCCAAUACUACAAACGUCGUCUAA